AUGGUGCUGAUACCUACGUUUCUUAUUAUCCUCAUAUAUGUACAUUCAAUUGCAACCGUUAAGUGUCCAUCAUGUGUUGAUAUUUCCAUCAAUACAAAUAACGCAUCUCUUCCUAUUGAUGAAUCUUAUUGUGACCUAAUAAGUGAGUCAGCUUCCGUAUGUAUAAGUGAAUUAUUUGUUGAAUUGAUUGAUCCAUAUCCAGCUUUUAUUAACUAUAUAACUGCACCAUCAAAUGCUCUGAUCACCGGAAAUGGUGAUAGCGAGUUGGUCACAACUAUAAAUAUACCAUUGGACAUUGGAAACCCUUACGGAUCAGUUAUCUAUGAUUGUUACGAUGAAGAUCUAUGUAAUAAUAAAAUAGUACAGAAACAAUAUGAAGAAUUACUUCUAGUGAACUAUACUAAAUUGACAAAUGAAUUAACUGAAUUUCUUUACAGUGAUCAAAGCAUUUCGAAACCACAACCAAUUGAAUGUUACAAUCGAAAUAAUAAGAUAGAAAACUGUUCCCUCAAUCGAAAUUGUCAAGCAACAUUAAUUAUUGAACAGGGACGAUCAGAUUUACUUAUCACAACCUCUAUUUCUGAUCGACGACCAGGUUCUACAGCUGGUCUUAGUUUUCAUUCAAAAUCUAUCGUAACUGAUAAAUAUGAAGAAUAA